AUCCAAACCACUGCUUACAUUGUGUUGUCCUCAGUUGCCCUCUUUGGUAAUACCUUAGUUAUUCUGGUUUUUGUCUUUGAUAGGAGACUUUUAAAAAAAUCCUACAACAUUUUGAUUCUGUCGUUGGCGGUCUCUGAUGUACUAAGCGCGGUCAUUGUGAUCAUGACUCAUGUCGUCAACCAUUAUUUUCUCCCGUCAAACCCUGUUUAUGGAGCGAUCUUUUGUAAACUUAUUGCGACCUUCUUCUUUCCAUGGCAGCUCUUGUUUUUCUCGGUUUACAUUUGUCUGCUGUUGUCGGUCGAGCGAUGGAUUGCCAUCGUGAAGCUACACAAAUAUAGUAGUAUUUUUAGAAGAAAAAAUGUUGCUGGAUGCAUUUUGGCGUCGUGGGUAUGGUCGUGUCUACUAAUGUCCUCGGCCAUAUUGGAUAUGGAAUACAAUCCCAACUCGGUUUUCCGGUGCAGAGUCAACAUCAUUGGCAAAGGCUCCUCGGCCAGGCUGUUUGUCGGUGUCUUUCAGGUGAUGAUGAUGGUUUUCUUUCCUUGCCUUGUCAUGAUUGGCUUGUACAUUCACAUGAUCGUUUCUGUAAAUUCGUCAGUGGUUGCGUCAGCGGAAAGCAAGGCUAAACUCCGUGGGAAGAUGACCCGGAUGGUCGCAAUUGUUUGCUUUAUUCUAAUCAUUUGCUAUACUCCAAGUCGAAUCUUUCUCUUCCUUGCAUUUACCGGAAACUUCAACAUAUAUAGUACGGUAAAUGGUGUUCUCUCUCUGUUGACAUUUUUCUCUAACUGCAUCAACCCCCUUGUUUACGGAUUCAGCAACGGAAACUUUCGCCAGAGGUACAAAAAUGUUUUCUCUGGCUUGUGUUGA